CCCUCUGAUAAGUUUUUAGUGAGGGGCAAGUACUCCCGCAUAUCGUUGAGUGCCGCACAUGGUGCAUGAUGUAAUUCGCUCCCGCAGGCCGUCGUUGACGGAGUGGUUGAGAAAUGUUUGCAGCGAUGCAAAGCUACUGCGGACAAACUCCACAUAUCAUCCUAUCACGGAAUACUCAGUAUAUGAUGGCCUUCGAUAGUCAGGUACAUCCCUUACGUGAGAGGCUCGUGAGGCCAAGACAGCUCAAGGCACGCAAUCGCCAGCCAACGAGCAAAGUUUGUGAUCUUUAUGCCUCUUCGAGUAAUCAGCUCGUGUUGCUUAGCCGACGCUUCGGGGCCAGCCAAGUGCUGAGGGGGCAAACGGACGAGCAUGGAGGAUCCAAAAUAGAAGCGAUGACGAUGGUUUGCGCGGGGGGGCUGGCAGGGUGGAGCUGCGAAGUAAGCUUGCCUCGUCGCCGCUGGCUGGGGACUGGUGCGUCCCGAGGAGCAAGUUGCUGGGUAAGGCACGGCCGUGUGCGAAGUGGAGGUAUUCUGCAGUCUCCUCUCGUGUUGCAUAUGGGACGAUCGCUGUUUACCGACGCUGGUUGCUGUGCUCGCCGCUGUUCUAAUGCCCAGGAACAGGAGGCUGGUGUUGAACUGGUGUUGUUGAUUUCGGAGCGGCGCUAGCGAGGUGUGCCUUCCUCGUUUGCCAACUCCCACACAUAAAUAAACUCCUUCCCACAAAAUCCUUUCUUCCAGCAACAUCCAUCUACUUUCGUUCCGCACUCUCACGCGAUACCCAUCUCCGUUCAACUCGUUCCGUUAAGUUUCCAUCAA